UUGUAGAGAAAGGCUGUGUGGAAAGGAGCAGAGAUUGUGUUGUGUGCGAAGUAUGUCAGGUUUCAAAAGAAAUAAUACCGUAAAUGUUCUAUAGUUUGAGCCCGAAAACAAAACUAAUUUGUGCAGGUUUCAAUCGAAUUUUUAUUUAAUUGACUAUUAAAUGUAUGAGUAGUAGUAAAACUAUUGUUUAAUUGUCAGUGAUGUUAUAAUUCUAGAGAAAGCUGUACAGAGGAACUUUUUAUAUUGUUUUUUCCUAAUCACGUAAUAAUAAUCGAGUGUAGGAUCAUUGUGUAGGAACACAAUGUUCUGCAAAGUAUUCAGUUUUAUAAUUUAAUGAGUGCAAUUAAAGAGUUACCAUAUUAACCUUCUGCCAGAAAGCUAACCUUCAGAAUGGUUUCUUCCAUAUGUUUUUCGUGACACCAGAGGGCAGGUUUUGAAUGGACAGACUUGCGAAGUAAAUGUUUAACUCAAGAUAAUACAAUGGGGUUGCUGUUCACAAAAAUAUGGAGUUUAUUUGGAAAUGAAGAGCACAAGAUAGUGAUGGUGGGCCUGGACAACGCGGGCAAGACCACGAUCCUGUACCAGUACCUGAUGAACGAGGUGGUGCACACGUCGCCCACCAUCGGCUCCAACGUGGAGGAGGUGGUGUGGAAGAACAUCCACUUCAUCAUGUGGGACCUGGGCGGGCAGCAGUCGCUGCGCGCCGCCUGGAGCACCUACUACAGCAACACGGAGAGACCGGCUGGCCGUCACCAAGGAGGAGCUGUACCGCAUGCUGGCCCACGAGGAGCUGUCGAGGGCGGCCGUGCUCAUCUACGCCAACAAGCAGGACCUGAAGGGCUCCAUGAGCGCCGCCGAGAUCAGCAGGCAGCUGGACCUCACCUCCAUCAAGGACCACCGCUGGCAGAUCCAGUCGUGCUGCGCCCUCACCGGCGAGGGCCUGUGAUGUGACGGUGUGGACUGGGUUGCAGCCUGUGAUGUGACGGUGUGGACUGGGCUGCAGCCUGUGAUGUAACGGUUUGGACUGGGCUGCAGCCUGUGAUGUGAUGGUGUGGACUGGGCUGCAGCCUGUGAUGUGACGGUGUGGACUGGGCUGCAGCAUGUGAUGGUGUGGACUGAGUUGCAGCCUGUGAUGUGACGGUGUGGACUGGGCUGCAGCCUGUGAUGUGACGGUGUGUACUGGGUUGCUGCCUGUGAUGUGACGGUGUGGACUGGGCUGCAGCCUGUGAUGUGAUGGUGUGGACUGAGUUGCAGCCUGUGAUGUAACGGUGUGGACUGGGUUGCAGCCUGUGAUGUGACACGGUGUGGACUGGGUUGCAGCCUGUGAUGUAACGGUGUGGCCUGGGUUGCAGCUUGUGAUGUGACACGGUGUGGACUGGGCUGCAGCCUGUGAUGUGACGGUGUGGACUGGGUUGCAGCCUGUGAUGUAACGGUGUGGACUGGGUUGCAGCCUGUGAUGUAACGGUGUGGACUGGGUUGCAGCCUGUGAUGUAAUGGUGUGGACUGGGUUGCAGCCUGUGAUGUAACGGUGUGGCCUGGGUUGCAGCUUGUGAUGUGACACGGUGUGGACUGGGCUGCAGCCUGUGAUGUGACGGUGUGGACUGGGUUGCAGCCUGUGAUGUAACGGUGUGGCCUGGGUUGCAGCCUGUGAUGUAACAGUGUGGACUGGGUUGCAGCCUGUGAUGUAACGGUGUGGCCUGGGUUGCAGCCUGUGAUGUAACGGUGUGGCCUGGGUUGCAGCCUGUGAUGUAACGGUGUGGACUGGGUUGCAGCCUGUGAUGUAACGGUGUGGCCUGGGUUGCAGCUUGUGAUGUAACAGUGUGGACUGGGUUGCAGCCUGUGAUGUGACGGUGUGGACUGGGUUGCAGCCUGUGAUGUAACGGUGUGGCCUGGGUUGCAGCUUGUGAUGU